GGCGACCAUACGGACUUCACACAUACAAGACAGGCAACUUAACGCGGAUCCACCCAACCCCUGCGAGAGAGGCAAAUCUCAUUCAGUCGGAUUCCAAUAUCAAUUGCUCGGCUUGGCUUGCCUGGGCGUCCAUUGUCGGGACAGAAUAACCGCAUGAACUUCGGCCGCACCCAAGAACCAGGUCUUCAGCCUGUUCAUAAAUAACCAUUCUGUUCUCUAUUUCUACUACACAUUCACUUUCACUUCGUCAGAGCCAUCCCGUGAAAGCUCAGCCUUGCCUUCUGUCCGUCUACAUAAGCCAUAGCCGUCUCUGCCACCACCGUCUUCCUCCUUCGUCCUUCAUUACCUUUUUCAAAUCCUCAAACCUCCUCCUCCUCCAUAUCAAAUCUUCCUUCGGGUAUCAACUCACAGCCCACGAUUUAUCCACGGUCCUUCCCCGUUCUUGUCAUCCGACACAGAUCCUUCGAAGCACCCAACAAUGUCCACCAACCUCCUCGAGCUGUCUUGGACACCCCUGCUCUCUGUCAGAAUGGUAGCAUUCUUGAUCACAGCAUUUAUCAUCAUCACUAUGAGCAAGGAUCUCUACAAGAGACUAUUCUCCCGUUGCUCCUUGCCCGAGUCUCUCCCUUGGGUCAGUGUCGAUGAUCGCCUCUUCUCACGUGCCCGUGCCACCGUCCGCACCUUUUUCCACACUCGAGAUCUGGUCUUAGAAGGUUACAAGAAGGUACGACCAAUCUCCACCUUUAAUGUUUGAGAAUGCUCACAUGUCCAGUAUUCCAAGAAUGAUCUCCCAUUUGUGCUUCCCAACGUCACCACUGGCCCUGAAGUCAUUCUUCCUAUGUCGCAGAUGGAGUGGCUCCUACACCAGCCAGACAACGUUCUCUCGCAGAACGAAGUCAACCGACACUUUCUUCAAGCCGAUUACACCAUGCUUCAUCCAAAAAUCAUUACCGAUGCCGUUCAUGAUGAUGUCAUUCGGAAAGAGUUGACAAAGCUGCUUGGCGAUUACACUGAAGAUGUCCAGGAUGAAAUCGAUUUCGCCUUCAGAAAGGUGUGGGGCGUCAAUACCGAAGACUGGAUUGAAGUACCUGCAUACUACACCAUGUUGGAUGUUAUUGCUCGAAUCUCAAACAGAGUAUUGGUUGGCCUUCCACUCUGCCGUGAUGAGGAGUAUCUCAAGCCAUCCCAGAAUUUCGCUCGUCUAGUUGUCGUCCAAGGCACUCUCAUCUCUCUCUUUCCACCAAUCUUCAAGCCAAUUGUCGCGCCCCUGAUCAACUUCUUCGAUACCCUAAGAUACUGGAAGUGUGCGAAAUAUAUCGUCCCAACUGUCAAGUUCAGAAACUCUGCUCCCCUAGAUGACGAGAAGAAGAAGAGUGACUACGUCCAAUGGUGCAUUGACCAUUCACAUCGCAAAAACGAUCCGUCUGAGCGUACUUCCGACAUUAUCUCCAAAAGACUCAGCGUUAUCAGUUUCGCUGCAAUUCAAUCAUCGGCCAUCACUUUGACGAACCUCAUCCUCGAUCUCGGCGCCAGUCCUGAAAUUACCACAUACCUGUCCAUCAUUCGAAAUGAAGUUCUCGCUGAACUUGCAGCUGAAAGUGGCGUCUGGUCUAAGGCAGCUCUAGCUCGUAUGGUAACCCUUGACAGUACACUCCGGGAGAGUCUGCGAAUGUGGGGUUUCGUCAGUCGUGGUAUUCUGAAGGAAGUCACCAAGAAGGGUGGUGUGACUCUUCCAACAGGUGAACAUUUGCCGCGAGGCACGAAGGUUGGCAUGCACGCAUAUCCUGUUCAUCAUGAUGAGGAGUACUACACAGACCCCAACACAUUCAACCCGAUGAGAUUCUGCACUCAGGAUGAGAAUUCGGCCGAUGGCCAAGCAUAUGCUGGAAAGAACAAAGGCACUGCUCUGGUCACAACAAGCGCGACUUUUAUGACAUUCUCUCACGGAAGACAUGCUUGCCCCGGUCGCUUCUUCGCUUCCCAGCAGUUGAAGCUGGUCCUCGCAUACGUUUCGCUCAACUAUGACAUCCAGCCCAUCGCUUCCCGUCCACCAAACGACUGGUUCGUCGGGAGUCAAGGUCCACCCCUCGAUGUCAAAGUUUGUAUCCGUCGUCGCCAAGGUACAGUCUAACAGAUACGCUUCCAGCAUUGGCAAUUGUUAUCCACUUUUGGCCCUCCGUGUUUACAACUCUCAACAGCACUGUACACAAGCAAGGAAGACUUACGAUGUAUCCACACACAUGAUACUUGCAUGGAUUCAUGGGUAUCUCCUGCUUGGUUCGAUCACUCUAGUGAUUUGAAAUUGUAUGCACGCCAUCGACUUCGUCAUUCUGGCCAGACCUUUGCAUGUUUUUGUCUCAGCAUUUAGGUGGUUAUGUCAGGGCUUUGGCGCUUUACAUAGGUUGGCGUUGAAAACAUUCUCCAUUUUUCGGGCGUUUUGAUUUUGUUUUCUUUUUGUUAUACAUUUCAGUCUGCAAGUCCCAACCUCACUCAAUCCUGGGCAUGUUCAUUUCUCCAUCAAGCUCUGCAAAUCUGGCUUCACUGGCGUUGCGUAUUGUGCUUAGGCACUGAAUUGUCUCCUGGGACUGUGUGAUAGCUUCACUACUAGAUGGGAUGGGAGAAUAUGUACCGGUAAUGCAAAGAGACUUUUGGCAUUCUAUUGUGGCGUUUGUUUUUGAUUUUGCUAUGCAUAGGUUGAGUUGAUUGAUGGUUGGGCUCCGCCUUAGCGAUGGCAUUUGCGAAUAAACGUGGAUUUUGAACUUGUGUCAUAUAGCGAGCUAGAUUUCUGAAGCUUGUGAAUAGAACACUGUGUGGAACGA